AUGGAACGUCUUCUCCGUUCGUUGAUUAUGAAUCAAAACAAACAGGCAACUGACAAGAUCGAUCACCCGGAUACUUCUGAAACUGUCAAUAUCUCAUCGUUGGCUCUUCUGAAAAUGCUGCGUCACGCUCGUUCUGGAAUUCCGUUGGAGGUGAUGGGUCUCAUGUUGGGAGAAUUCGUGGAUGACUACACCAUCAACGUUCUCGAUGUGUUUGCAAUGCCACAAAGUGGGACAAGUGUAACUGUCGAAUCGGUUGAUCCUGUCUAUCAAACGAAACAUAUGGAUUUGUUGAAGUUGGUUGGGAGAACCGAGAAUGUUGUUGGAUGGUACCACUCUCAUCCAGGAUUCGGAUGUUGGUUGUCUUCAGUCGACGUCAACACUCAACAAUCAUUCGAAGCUCUUCAUCAACGAGCCGUUGCCGUUGUCGUGGAUCCUAUCCAGAGUGUGAAGGGAAAAGUAAUGCUGGAUGCAUUCCGAUCCGUUAAUCCCCUCAAUCUACAUAUCCGUCCACUGGCUCCAACUGCUGAACCAAGACAGACGACUUCUAAUCUUGGACAUCUCCAAAAAGCAUCAUUAAUCUCAGUUGUUCACGGUCUCGGAACGAAGUAUUACUCGUUGAAUGUGGCCUAUAAAAUGGGUUCGAAUGAGCAGAAGAUGUUGAUGUGUUUGAAUAAAAAGAGUUGGUAUGAUCAAUUGAAUAUGAAGAAAUAUUCGGAACUUGAGAAGAGUCAAGAGGAAACAUUCAAGAAUAUCAACAAAUUGAUAACAGUUUUCAAUAAAGAAAUUGAUGAAGUUAAGGAGAAACCAUCAACUGAAAAGAAGAUUAAAAAUCUGGAUGAGGUCAAAAAGUUCGGGAAAAUCAAUGCGAAACAGCAGUUGCAGCAGCUGACAUCAAAUCUUCUCAAUGAUUCGCUCUGUCAUCAUCUCACAGCCAUGAUCAACACCAAAUCCAUGAAUUGA